GCUCUGCCGCGACCUAGCCGAGCGAGCCCCGCCGCCCGCGCACCCCGCGCCGCGCUUGCGCCCCGUGUUCCUGUGGGCGCGCCAACGCGACGGUACCGUGCAAGAGGUCCGCUGUGAAGAUUACGACCCGCGUAACCGCAUCCGUAUCGCGCGUACCCCUACCGGUUGGCGAGUUAUCCCGCGUACUAAAAUCUUUGACUCUAUACUUGUGACUAGCGCCCCGGCGCACGAACCCCUCGAGCCCGGAGCUCCCCCUGAGCGGCGCCGGCGCCGGCGCUCCGGCAGGCCGCGGCGGAGGCGCACGGACGCGACAGCGCCCGCGCCCGCCUGGCUCGCGCCCGACCUGGAGUCGCACAUCCCGUCGCACACGAUCGCGGUGCCGCGCGUGCCGCCCGCGCCGCCCGCGCCGCCCUCGCCGCCGGCGCCGCCCGAGCCCACGCCGCUCGACAACCUGCUGGCGGUGGCCGAGUUGGAGUUCAACCAGCAGCGCGGCGAGGAGGCGCUGGAGCUGGAGCUGCAGGCGGGCGCGCAGUACCCCUUCCUGCCCGAGGCCGAGGAGGUGGCGCGCGACGUCAUGUCCUUCGAGCUGGGCGAGCCCAAGCCGCCAGACGAGAUGUUCUUCGAGCAGCGCAAGACGCACGCGCCCGAAGUGCGGCCUUCUGAGGAAGACGCUUUCCACAAUGACAUGGGAGUGCAUAAAGAUCUAUUUGAAACUAUUAGUGAAGCGCACUACCUGCCCGAGCUCGGUGGGCCUCACGACGAGGCGCUGCUUGAGUCGUUAGUAGAAAAGGGUUGUGAGGAUAAUCAAAUUCUUGGUCAGGCGCUCGACAAGCUGGCGCACCUAGUGCACGGGUCCGGCGACUACGCCGAGGAAGAGGACGACAUGCUGCUGGGCGGCGCACCUGUCGCGGACAUCAUUGACCGGCUCGAGCAGUCGCUGGAGUCGCCCAGUCGGAGCAGCAUGACGGCGGCGCAGGGGCUCCUCCACCUGCAUCACAUAGGGGACCACCUGCCGCCGCCGGAUCAACAACAGACCAUGGAGCAGUCCUACAUGACAGACGAAGUGUUUGCGCCCGCCGACCCUCCUACUGAAUGUGCACUUGACACGUUAUCACAGACAGUGGCGUCACAGAUGCAAAAUGCUAACGAAGUUAACCAUUUAGAAUAUGAGCAUGAUCAGAAUGCCGAGAAGAGGCUACAAGAAGAUGUUGGUAAUACUGAUGUAAUGUAUACUGAACAAGUACCUGAAAUCCCUGCUCCCACCAAGGAGCAGAAACUACAAGCGUUACCGGAUCAAAGUGAAGCAACGUUACCCAGUGUGAGUGAAAUACCGAUUCCACCUAACGAUGAAUCCGCUGAAAAUGUCACAAAUAACAUUACACUCAAAAUCGAAACCGACGAUACAGUGUGUGACGAAGAGGGUAACUAUUCAAAUGCUAUAAAAGAGGAAGACUCCAGCAUAGAUUUCAUGAAAGACCUUGAAGAUACGGCAAAUGCUGUGGAAUUGGUUGCUACGGAUUUGAGUGUAAAAAAUAUAAAGCCUAAAAAAUCUGCUAGAGUCGUGGCAAGCGUUGCGGAAACCACAAACACUAUGGAAGAUAGUAUAUCCGAAAAGGUUGACGACCAGCCUAAAGAUCUGAGCGUGCAGCGAAGGUUACCCACCCCGCAUGCGUCGCCGAGACGGAUAGACAUACCGCGAGCGCCGUCGAGAGAGUCGGAUGCGAUGCAGUCGCCUCAGCCGAGCGGCAUCCCCGCCGUGCCCUCCUCGCCGGAAAUAUUUACCAUGCCGCAGUCCAAGAGCAAACAAUCAUUGUUUUUAGAAACUUUGCUGUCAUCGCCUUCACCUAAGAUGUACACGUCGGAAGUGACCAUUACAAAACAGCAAUGUGAACCUUUAAACUUAGGCAAACAUCGAAAAUCCGCCAGUCCGACCGUAACGAGCUGCUCAGAUGAGAUUAGAAAGUUAAAUAAAGAGUUUGGUGAACCACAAGAGAAAAAAGGAAGACGGGAAUCGUCUGAUGACUCGGUUAAAAUAAACAAAGUAUUCAACAAGUGCGACCGAGAAGAGCAUGCAGUUGAGGCUCAGACUAAGACGAGUAAGAAACACGAUAAGGAAGAAAAGCUCCCAUCAAAAUAUAUUGAGAAAAUGAGUAAAAUGAGUCCAAUCGAACAGCUGCACAGUCUAAGAACGAGUGCUACUUUCAACAUUCCCGAUCCUAUGUUGGUCCCGAAAAACAAGCUAAAUAUCAUUCUCUCAGCUCCAGCUAUCGAAAUCCCAUUGAUGCUAAUGAACUACCCGGAGCUAAGAUUACCGGAAGCGUUUGCUUACCCACACGUCCUUCAGGAUCCAGACAUACUCGUCAUAUCAUUAUCGCAAUUAGAAGGUAUUAUUAUGAAUGAAACCAAACGGCCGGAGUCGCCGAUAAAAGAACCAAAGCCGCCUACGCCAAAAAGUACGAUAAGUACAUCGAGUAGCGAAAACACAACGACCACGAGUCAACCCGACCAUAUCAACUCCAGCACGCAGCCGAAGCCGAUCCCGUCGAUGGACGCGCUGGCGGGCGACAUCGACGCCGCCACCUCGGCCGCGCUCAACCAGAUGCUCUGGCUGCCCUACAUCAGUCAGCUCGAAGCUAUGGCUGCAUGCUCGCAAAACAUGGAUUUCUUAAAAGCUCUAAACUCCUCUGGCUAUGCCGGACAAGGUUAUCCAGAAUUAUCACAAGUUUUUAAUCCAAAUUCCCGUUUUGCUGGACCAACGGGUUUCCCGGUGAUGCCGCCGAUGGACUAUGAAAAUCGCAUGCAAUACGCAAUGUGGCAAGAAGCAAUGAACCAUUCGAACCAACAACAACAAGCGCAGAGAGCGCAAAGCCAAGCCAAAGCUAACGAGUCGCAGGCGAAGGAGAUGGCGGCCAAAUCAUUAGACGUGCAGAAUCCAUUUGUUCACUCGACAAAGAGCCAUCAUCAAAAUAAAUCACACAGCAGUAUGUCGUCACGAUCUAGUCCGAUGGCUAACUACACCGCGAGCCAGCGAGCCGCCAUGCAACACAACUCGUUCCUGCAGAGCAUGUACCCGGGCAUGAACCCGAACAUACGGCCGAACAUGCCGCUGCCGGGCCUGCAGAUACCGUACUUCAACCCCAACUUGAUGGGCAGCCAGCGGUCGCCGCGCAGCGGGGCGCAAAAGAGCCCGACCUCGCCGUACUUCCCGAACAACAACUACCUGCAGUCGAUGAAGCACUCGGAGGCGCAGGCCCACCAGCGGAGUAGUUCGACUAGUUCGCAGGAGUCGCCGAGGCCGCGGAUCAGUGUAAAAUCGUUGCAAAACUUGUUGGAGCCGAGUGCGGUGGCGUCGGCGUCGUCGUCGCGGCGCGCGGCCCCUGCGGCGGCGCUGCGGCGGCGCGACGAGCCCGAGGUGGGCAGCACCACGCCGCUGGGCGAGCCGCAGCACCUGCCGCCGCACCCGCACGACCCGGCCUCCUUCCACUUGUGGCAUCCGCUGUUCGGCAACCAAAAGGGCUACAGCCCCUGGAACGGCCCUUGGACGACGCCGACGGUGACGGCAACCGGCGACUGACCGAGGUAUCCGCGCGGGCCACUGCCGCCCGCGCACCCGCGCUGAGCACGCACGGGGGACGGGGAAGAUGGGGACUUGGGGGAAUUGGGGGCAAUGGGGCAACUUGGGGAACAGUGAUCGCACCUAAAGACACUUAGCCAUGAAGUUGGACGACCUAAUCAACUGGCACAGUUUAGUUAAAAAGUUUAUCAUGAAAUAAUCUACUGACACUUUUAGUAAUGACAUUGAUGUGUUGUACGGUCGGACUUAUCGCCUCUGGUACAAUGUAGUAUAUAAAUUAAUCAUUGGUUACAUAUUGGUGUCUUCGUAGAAUUUGUCGUCGAUAAUUUUUUGACAGUUGUGUGACAGCAACUGUCAAAUCAUUCCGAAUACGAAUACAUCAAUAUAAAAUCAGUCUUUCUAAUAUAAUCACAAACUGAUAUUUAUUUCUAUGUGUAUAGUUUAUGUCAGUCUUUGGCAGAGAAAUAUUCUUACCAUGACCAAGUUAAAUACUAAUUACUAUUAAUAUAAAAUCCUUCACAUUGUUUUGUCGGAAAUUGUUACUAUCACAUAUUUAAUAAGAAUACUUCAGUCAUUGAUACUGGACAUACCAUUGCAUUCUCACAGACUGUAAGUGUACUCUGUCUCGCUCGAAAUUAAAUUGUUGUUAAAUAUUAUUUAAGUGAAUUGACGUCUGUCCUACAUCAUUAAACCAAUGGGUUUUAUUUACUUGUUUAAAACACUUAACAUCGCUACAACUACAGUUAAUCACAUGUUAUUAUUUUGUGAAACCAAAUUAAUAUUUCACGCGUGCAUUUAAUUACUGUCGCUCGUGUGUUUUCCGCCUAAAAUCUCUAACAUACAGUAUUAUUACAUCAAUAUUCACGGUCACACUGUAUAAUCGAUUAGUUUGAUUAAUAUAUAAAUUCUUAUUUUUAAAAUAAUAUUUCAAAUGUACGGUCGAUUGUACAUUAGUUCCUACGUUUUUUGUAGUUUGUCGAUGUUUUUCAUAACCGAAACUAAAGCCAUGACAGAGCGUCACUAAUUAAUUAUGCUUGCAACCACCACGACACUUGAAAUGUAAAAUAUUUCCAUUAUUUCCCCAGUAAACAGAGUAUGGUAAAAAGGUUUCUGUAAAUAAACAAAAAAUACGAGUUUUAUCCUUAAAAAUAGAUUUUAAAAUGUUACAAAUGUUUUUGCUGAACAAAGUGCUUAAUAAUUAGCACUAACGUCUGUCUAAGUUUCCUUUUACACCGGUAUAUGUCUGUACAGCGAGAACGUUCAAUUUCAUUCACUUUAAGAAGCCCUAUAUUAAGUACGACAGUGUCGCCUCUAAGUUCUUUUUCUUUUAGAUCAUCUAGCGUUACAGUUUGUAGAUAUAAAUCCCCCUCACAGCCACAUGGCCACAGACGAUAGUGAGCUUUAUAUAAGUGAUUUAAGGUGCAAUUUUAAAGGAGACCCCCAGAGCCCGAAUGGUGAACGAAUUGAUCCGUCCGAUGUUGUGAAACCCCCGUGUCGUCGCUCGUCGCGGUAGUCUCGUACCGUGGACUGUCUGUGACCACGUCGCCAUUUGCGACAAACCGCGCAGUUUACGUACAUCGACACUUCUUCAACUACGUGUGACGCACGCUUCGUCGCGAAUGAUGACGUGGCAACAUAGCCUGUGAACUGAUCUGUAACAUUCUUAUGAGUCUUUUAACGAUGCCAAGGGAACGUUUAGCUCGUUCCGAUCAUGUAUAAAAGCUUUAAUUUUUAGUGUUAAUUAACCGUCAACAUUACUGAGGCUUUUUGUGAAAUAUAUUUUAAAACGAAAAGAUCUCGGACGCACGCUUAAUUUAUGCACGGGAGUCAUUGUAAUUGGAUUGGAUACGUCUGCAUAAAUUGGCUCAGCGACGUGGCGGUGACGUUGAUGUCAUUUGGGUGUCCGUGGCAGACGAUGGAGAGCCUUCCCCUGUACUACACGGUACAGCUGCGGGCGAUAACAAUCCGAAUAUUAAUUCAGCUGUCAACAGCCAAUUAUUGAAUGUGAACGAGUUGUUUUCAAAAUCGUCGAAUAAUAUCUAAAGCAAUUUUCCUCUCGUUUCAUGGAAAAUAUUUCCUUCAUAUACUUUAGGAAAUAAUAUGCAACUUCCUUUUUAAUAUCAUUAUGGCUGCAUAAAUUCCGUCUAAAUUAGUACCUAGGUAUUACACAAGCCACAAGAAAAAACGCUACCUAGGUGAUAUUUCUAAAGGUUCGCCGGAAGCGUCAAAUUGCUCUCAAUUACAGCCGCGUACACCUAAUUGGCAGUAUAUUAUAUACUUUAUUUUGUCCAAUGCAGAUAAGUUCACAUUAUCUAUGUGUGUUCACUGGAACGAAAUACCCACCUCUUUGGAGCAUCUACAGUUUAUACCAAAUACUAUCAUUGAUAUAUUUUUGAUCAAAAAACUGGUAGGCAAUAUGCUAUACUGACUGUACUUUUUCUAGCAUAUCUUUGAAAUUCAUAGUCACAGAAUUUCCCGUUCGAAAAAAAAAUAAGUCAAACCAACACGGAAGAUUAAAAAUUCAAAAAAAAUCCGUUGGUAAAAUUUUCACAGACGCAAAAUUCGUGGCGACGUCCACUCAAAGAGGAAUCCUAUUAGUCCAACCCUGCAUGUUGUGUUUCAAAAAACACUACACACACACACAUACAUACUUAUAGGGCUACAUAUUACAUCUGUAGGAUAUCUGGCGGCUGCCAUGACAACCGUUUAAAUCCGUUAAGGCUAUGGCUGGGCUCGGAAUGUUCCGACGCACAUUACACUGACAUUUUAAUCAAAAUCGAUGGCUUUCUCUGCGUUCAUCUUCGCUGUUUUGUGCGGAAAAAAUAUCAAUGUUUUGAUGGAAACUUUUUAAAUCUAGGAGUUUUUUGGCUGGUCUAUAGUUGUUAGUGAAAACAUACCAGAAUAUAUACAGACACCAAGUUAUAUCUAAAUCUUAUCUCAGGUUUGAAUCGAUCUCCAAACCAAAUACAGCCGUGUUUAGAAAUCGGACGUAAAACCCAGACGGGAGUCACUAAAAUAUUUAAGGAAAUGUUCAAGAAAAAGUACUAGUCAAACUCAACAGACGCCUCUCGUCCCAUAAAAUCAAUUGUUCAAAUGAUACUAUAAUAAAGUAAAUUGUAGAUGCUCACACAACCAUAUCCGUAUAUAAUAAGAUGGUGCGUCGUUGGAACAGAGGAGCGUAGUGCGUAAUAACUUUAAUGUUUAGUUGUGAAACGUGACAAGAGUCGAAGAGCGGCGUUAGUUCCAAAUAAGUGCAAUCCAAUCGGACUGUAAUGUAUAUCGUAGUUAGAAAAGAUAAGCGGAAGUACGAUGCAUUUAAUUUACGUGUAGGGGUCGAAUGCAGGUCGAAUUUGUGGUCACAACACUGUUUUUAAGCCCAAGAUCACCAACAACAUAAACGGUGUUCUUAAAACAACUGUUUACUAUGAAUUUUCACGUUCAGUUUUCAAAGUAAAUAUUUGUUUUGAGAAUAUCGGACGCUUAUGUAGUCGGUGAAUUUGGGCCUUAAUCUACUUUUGAGCCUAAUUGCUUGACUUUUCACUAAAGGCGAUUUACUAAAGAUAUUUAAAACGUGUUCUAUAAUUUUCAAGUAAAAGAUAGAAUGAUGAUUUAAAUGUAUUUUGAGGUAAUCGUAUUAAGUGAGCGGUGGUGCAAACAGGCUUUAAUAUUUAAUACAUUUCAAUGUUCAUCAACACCAUCUGUCGAUGGAAAUAUUAAACUUUUCAGCCACAUUACAAAAAGAUUUCUUUAGUCCACUAUUAAACGUGUGCACGUUUUUAUAUUUAGAACUUUAUUGCAACUAGUGUAACGUUUUUAGUUAAAAAGCUGGCAUUAACUUGUCAGUUUUCGAUUAAGAACUUUACUGCAUUUACCAUAAAGUUAAAAAUACGAAAACAGGCUCAUUUGACAGUGGACUAAAGAUAAACAUUGUAACAAGGGUGUGCGACAGUUCGACCUGCAUUAACUUCAUUUAUUAUUAGACAGAACUUCAGGGCGACUACGGUUAGCAUCAAUUCAGGUUAGCAGCAGUCGCCAUGGCGUCAACCUGGUUAAAAUGAGAGUAGGCAAAUAUAUUUAGUCCCCAGAAAAGGCGAAGAGGUUACUUUCGUUGGCUAAUGAACAUGUAAUAUCGUCACAAUCUUAUAAUAGGAAUUACAUUUACCUACAUGGAUUAGUAGACAGUGCUGUAACACGUUUAAAUUAUUCAAUGUUUAUUAGUAAUACCUAAUAGAAAUGCAAAUGAUUUCACAUAAUUUAAGUUUAGGUGUUCGUAACUUUGCGGACAAGUAAUAUAAUUGCAUCAACAUUCAAGUAUUGUUGCACAUUACCCACGAUGUAGUCAAUGUGGACAUUAACCAGUCUUAGCUGUUAAACUAUCUCAAUGUUCGUUUGUGUCAAUCAAUGUGAUGUUUUGCUUCAAGGAUUUCAUAAUAAACGAGUAAUCUGAAUAUAAUAAUUAUAAUAUAAUCUGUAGUGUCGAUGAAUUAUUCUCAUUUUAGCCAGUUAAGUCUGUGUUAGCGUCGUAAUAUGGCGUCGAUUCGUGUUCUUAUAACCACAAUAUUAUUAUAAAUAAAUCAUCGCAAAAAUUAAUGUAAUUUAAUUCUACUUUUUGUGAAGCUUUUGCACUCAUUGAUGACUCUGUAAAAAUAUCGUAAUGGUCUAUGAAAUGAAUUCUUAUCAAUUAAUUAGGAUUUUCGGUAAGCCCCGUAACAUUGUACCUAACUAUUAUGCGUAAGAUUAAGAAACUGAUAUUAGCAUAUGCAAUAAACCAGUUGAUUUGUUACUAUUUACUAUUUAACUCACUGUGCAAUUUAUAUUUGUAAGUAUUGAAUUAUGUUUGUGAAUUGAUUUCAAAUAUUAUGUUUAUUAUUUUUUAAUGACUAUUUAUUGUGUAAGCAGUAUUCGUAUGAAAACGUUAUAAGAACACAAACUCGAUGUUAGAAAUUAUAAAAUAAUACCUUUUUAUUAAAAAAAAAUCUAUUUAUUUCGUUAUUUUUUAAGUUUUCGAUGAUUUUAAUUGUUCUCGUUACUUUCCUUGGGAAUCUUUAUCAAUUUGUAGUAAUUAGUAAGUACAAUUCUCGCGCAGUUUGCAACAACGGGGAUCGAACGCCGGUUUCUAAGUAUAAGAAAAAUAUUAUUGAUAUAAAAACUACUUUUCUAAUGUACAAUUCCAUUUUUUCUAUUCCGGUGUCACGUAUGAGUGCCCGUUUUGUCCGGUUAGAGCCGGUAUUGUCCGGUUACAGCCGGCAUUGGCCGGUUCCAUCCCCGUUCGGAGACGCAGUGUUGUUGGUUAUUCUUGUUCGUGACUACUCACUAUUCCAAAAGUUUCCUGAUGUAAUUUAUUGACUUGAAUAAUGAAAUUACGCUUCUAAAGUGUAUUACGUAUGUAAAUAUAGGACAAACUAAUACCUAUUAUUGAUAGUGAAUGUUGUAAUUUGUAUAUAAGUAACGAAAAUUAAAUUUUAAAUACAUAGAUAA